AUGGUAAAAGGUGGAAAGCGAUAUUCUUCAAUGAGCAAUGAUGGCAAAUGGUUUGCUCAUCCAGUUUCACCUGAAAACGAGAUGAGGAGUCGUGAGGCCUGUACAAGCACUGGGAUCAUGCUGACUCAGGUUAACUCAUCGUUGCCUCAGGCUUUGAACUUGCAGCGCUAUCCUAAAUUGAAAACUCAGCAGAUAUCCAGAGAUUAUCCACUCUCCUACCAUGACAACAAGCUUGCCUUAAAAGACAACAUCACUGUCUUCAGUCAUGGUGUGGGCCGCAGGAAGUGUCUCGAUCACAGACAGCAGAACAUCUCCCACUUCUGCCUGUGCCACGAUGGAGCUCACAGCAGCCCUGAAGAGACCGGGGGGAACGUCACGGUUCACCAGGCUGACUUUACGGUGAAACAGGCUGCUAAUGUUCCAGCCAGCACCAGGCAGUUCCUCCGGUUCCCCCGCAACCACAAGCUGAAGUCUGAAGAGGCAGCUUUGGCGCAGGCAGGGGAGCAAGUCAUGUGGUUUGGACGACACGACUCCGACCUCUCAGAGCCCCUGUCAGUGCUGGCAGCUACCAACUGCUCAGCACCAGCCAAGCCCUGAGAUACUCCUACAUGUAAGGCACUAGAUGGCAUCACUGAGAGGGCAUAACAUACAGAGAGGGUCAGAUGAGCUUUCUGAAGGGUCCAGCUGUCAAAUAAAUAAUAGGAUUAGAAACUGCAGGUUGUGUUUUCUCUUGUUUUGAGAGCUAUAUGGCAGACAUGGAUAAAAAGAAACCUUACAGUAAAAGCUUUAUUCCACAACAGCCCAGGUUAGACUGGAAAGUAGA